AUGGCACCAGCAGAGUUGCGUGAGUUGAAGACGCAAUUGCAGGAGUUGGUGGAUCUUGGGUUCAUUCGACCUAGUGUUUCCCCUUGGGGUGCACCGGUAUUAUUUGUGAAGAAGAAGGAUGGAAGCAUGAGGCUUUGUAUUGAUUACAGGCAGUUGAACAAGGUGACGGUGCGUAAUCGAUAUCCUUUGCCUCGAAUUGACGACUUGUUUGAUCAGUUGAAGGGUGCCAAGUACUUUUCCAAGAUUGAUCUGAGAUCGGGAUAUCAUCAACUCCGAGUACGGGAAGAUGAUAUUCCAAGACAGCAUUCAGAACUCGUUACGGCCAUUACGAGUUCUUGGUGA